CUAGACGACAAGAAGAUUUGGGUUCCACUUGAAGAUGGCGAAGUCCUCGAGCGUGAUGUCGGAGAAGAAGGCGAGGGAUCGCACGCUGUCGAGGAAGGAGAAGAAGUUUGGAGGCGGCCGUCAGGGUGGAGAAGCCGAAGAAGAAGUCACCGGGGUUGACUUCAAGGGCCCUGGUGCGCCGUUCGGCGGAGGACGAGAGGGAGGGAGCAGGCAUCGCCGAAAAUGGAGUCACCACAGAGAGAAGAGAAGAAGGAGGGUGACGGCUCGUCGUCGGAGAAGAGGGUGGCUGAAAUGUCGCUGGCAAAGGAGGAAGAUGGCGGCAUCCCUUCUCGAUCGAACCCUAGGCCGAGGCAAGCCAGCCACCUUGGGCCGAGUCGCGCGUGUCGUGGGUCCGGGUCAGUGGAAGGAAGACGGGCCCAUCAAUCUGGGUCGUAGGCCGGAUUGUGAGAAUAAAAUUGUUGGGCUCAAUUCAAGGAUAAGGGAGCAGCUAGGUGGGCCGCAAUAUCGGAUCGGACUAGAGUCAACUCUUGCGUAGAAUUUUGGAGGGAUGUGAGUUGAGCAACGAAAUGAAGUUGGGCCAUCAAUAGGUUAUCUUAGUGGAUUUAUUUUGCAUGAGCAAAACAUGAAGAAAAAAGGAUGUGGGCUUUCUAGGAAGCUUAAUCCAAACCUACUUGGAGGAGAUUGGUGCUCAAAAGAGCUUGUUUUCACCACCAAGCCUAUAGAGGAAUUUAUGGAGCACAAGGAAGAACAGUUCUCCAAUUCUUAUUUUGUGAAAUUUGAAAAGGAAAAGGAAGGAUUGUUUGGCUAUGGAGAACGUGACAUAUGUCACAUGGUUCAAGACGAGUUGAAGAAAGCUGGAGUUGUCGAAGAAGAAGUCAUUCGUGAGGUGGAGCGCAACUGGAAACGAAGAAAGCGGAAGGUCAAGAAAAUGAAGGUUGACUG